GCCGCUCGGUAUCCGUGCCGCCAGCUCCCUUUCUUCACUUUCACUCAUAUUUGCCUCCCUGCAAAGUUAUUAUUAUUAUUAUUUUUUUCUUUUUUUUUUACCCUUUAAGCCCCACCGCCGGUUUGAUUUACUUUUUUUGUAUCGUUGUUGUAGUAAUGCAGCGGGAGUGAUCGUUGGGGGGGUUUACAGUCAUCCAAUCGUAUUGCUGUCCCGGAGCUGGCAACCAGAAACUCUCAAUCGUAAAGAAAAUGCCCCAGCUCAAUCGGGGAGAAGAUGAUCUGGGGGCCAACGAUGAGAUGAUUUCGUUCAAAGACGAAGGUGAACAGGAGGAGAAGAUCCAGGAGAAUGCUUUUACAGAGCGAGACCUCGCGGACCUGAAGUCCUCUCUAGUGAACGAAUCCGAAACGAACCCACAUGCUGCAGCUCCUGGAAAUCACCCAGAGGCGAUCAGGCGUGCACAAGAUGCUCAGAGGGCUUAUCAGGAGAAACUCGAGGAUCACAUGGAAGAGGGAAUUAAACAACAACAACAACAAGAAGAAAUUAUGUAUAAGAGUUCUGGAUAUUCUGGUUAUCCGUUCCUCAUGGUGUCCGAUCCCUACCUUCCCAAUGGAUCUAUGUCUACACUGUCCAGUAAAGUUCCUGUGGUUCAGUCGUCUCAUGGAGUCCACCCACUCUCACCUCUUAUUCCAUACAACAAUGAAACCUUCAACCAUGGUUCACAUUCACCACAUCUUCCUGCAGACCUCAACCAGAAACAAGGUGGGCAUCGGCCAUCCCCAACAUCAGAUAUUGCAGCAUUUUAUCCAAUUCCUCCUGGCGGAGUUGGACAAAUAUCUCCGUCGAUGGGAUGGCAAAACCAGCCUGUCUAUCCCCUUUCAUCUUGUGGGUUUAGACAGUCAUAUCCUUCAGCAAUUUCUACUGGUGCUUCAUAUUCAAGGUUUACACAUCCUCUGAUGCUUGGCUCCGGUAUGCACUCGACAGGAAUUCCUCACCCAGCUAUAGUGCCUCACUCAGGGAAUAAAGAUGUGGAUAAUUAUGAAAGAAACAUGAAGCACCACUCUGAACCAAAGAGAGAGAAGGAGCCCAAGAAACCCACUAUUAAGAAGCCCUUGAACGCCUUCAUGUUAUAUAUGAAAGAAAUGAGGGCAAAAGUUAUUGCUGAAUGCACACUAAAAGAGAGUGCAGCCAUCAACCAGAUCCUUGGAAGAAGGUGGCAUGCAUUAUCUAGAGAGGAACAGGCAAAGUACUAUGAACUGGCCAGAAAGGAGAGGCAGCUUCAUAUGCAGCUUUACCCUGGGUGGUCUGCACGAGACAACUAUGGAAAAAAGAAACGAAGAACCAGAGAGAAACACCAGGAUUCAAAUUCAGAUCCUGGCUCCCCUAAGAAAUGCAGAGCUCGCUUUGGCCUGAACCAACAAACGGACUGGUGCGGCCCCUGCAGGAGGAAAAAAAAGUGCAUUCGGUACUUACAAGGAGAAGGACUGUGUGGCAGCCCAGUUUCUUCCGAUGGAAGUGCUAUAGACUCUCCUUCCUCUCCCUUAAAUGCAUGCCAGUGUAUUCCACCAUCUCCUAACACUUCAGGCAAACUUACUAGCCUUGCUGAUUCUGCUCAAAGUGACAAAAACUACUCUCUGUGUUUUCCUGGCCAAGCCCAAGCUACCAAUAUCAGCACUGGCCAUAAAGCUUCAUCUCCUGCUACAGAGGCAUCCGAAGAGCCCACUGGAUACAGUUCAAGCACCAGAGCCACGUAACACUGUGGUGAACACAUCAUUUGGACACUUUUACUGAUUUCUGGUUGUUUUUAGGAAGACCAUCACAGCAUCUGGGCUUCUACUACUUGUCAAGGCUAAAGAGAAAAAAAUCCUCUUGACUAGUAUUUAAUAGAGAUGCUGGCUUUUUUUAAGCCAGAGAAACCUUGGAUCCUUUAAUUAAAUUCUUCUAUUUUUUUAAUAUGUAUAAUUUGUUAUUGAGGCAAUAUUUUUCUUGCAUUCAAUGAUAUAUAUAAUAUAUAAAAAAACAUGUUUGCAGAAAAGAACAGACGCUCUCCAGUCUUGAGAGAAGAAAAAUAAUUUAAAUACUUGUCAAGUUUUGGCUAACCCUUGUGGCCUUUACCAUGUUCUUCCAUCUCAAUAAAGGCUGCAAGGGUAACAAA